AGUAAUAACAAUCAUCUCUGUGAUUAUAGUAUCUUCCAGAAUUGUGGACCGCAAAAUUCUCCUAAUUCGAAUCGUAUUACUGGAAUAUUUUUGAGUAACAUCGGAAUGGGAUUUUUAACCAUAUUAAAGAAAAUGAAACAAAAGGAAAAGGAGAUGAGAAUUCUUCUACUUGGACUGGACAACGCCGGCAAAACUACAAUUCUGAAACGUUUCAAUGGAGAACCAAUAGAUCAAAUUUCUCCUACGCUAGGUUUUAACAUUAAAACUCUGGAAUACAAAAACUACACGCUAAACAUGUGGGAUGUAGGAGGGCAGAAAUCGCUUCGAUCGUACUGGCGAAACUAUUUCGAGUGCACCGAUGGUCUAGUGUGGGUAGUUGACAGUACCGAUCGCAUGCGAAUGGAAUCUUGCCGCGAGGAACUAGCACUACUGCUUCAAGAGGAACGACUGGCAGGAGCUACGUUGUUAGUGUUAGCAAAUAAACAGGAUCUCCCGGGAGCACUUACCAGCAAUGAGAUAAAGGAUGUUUUGGGAUUGGAGAAAAUUGAAACUCAUCAUUGGGUUAUUCAUGGUGUUAGUGCCGUAACAGGAGAAAAAUUAGUGGAAGCCAUCGAUUGGCUGGUGGAUGACAUAUCAAAGAGAAUUUUCACACUGGAUUAGUCAUUGUUCUAUGGAUUAGCAAGAAACCAUAACAAUAAUGCAAAAAGGAGCAGCAAUCAGAGAAGGUACUAAACGGCUCUGAAAUAGACUAACUCACUUGAAUUCAUCGUAGUUCUUCGAGGUAUAGACGGCCCGUAAUUUGGCGUCAUUUCGCAAUUGAUACAGCUCGUCAUACUUAAUAUUUUCCAGGCACUGCGCUUCCAGCCUUUUGAUAUCCGAAGUCGAAAUCAUCCUGUUUUAUUGCAUAACUUGAACAAACAUACUUUUCAAUUCCUCGGUUGCCACGGGUGACGGAAUGGUGUAAUGGCGACAUCGCACUAGACUGUUGUAAAACUGCAUGCAUUGACACAAACCUGGCGGUAAGAAGGUACGCUCUCAUCUCUCGCCACACUAGAAUAGCACCAAAUGAUAACCGAAAAUAACCGCUAAAGCGGGUUAUAAGUUCCAGGUCCAAACAGAAAUCAAAUCAAAGCAUUCAGAAACACGUUUCACUGUUUUCAAAUAUGUACGUUUAUUUGUUACUUUAUAUGAAUUACGCUGAAUUCACUAUCCACUAUUACUUUUAGCAAUACAGAUUUUUGUGUUGUCAUAAAUCCGAAUACAAUCUCUUAAACUAAAGGAUCCACUGAGUCUACCCUAUUGAAAAAUUCCAUUUUUAUUGCAAAUAAAGCAAAAUCUAAACA